AUGGAUAAACAAACCCAGACCAGGCGUCGCGAUGAAGUCAAGCGACUCUACAAGCUACUCAAGAGCUGUGAAUCUUGGUUUCUUUCCCCCGGUGAUCUCCAAGGCCUUGGAAUCCAUAGCCAGCAAGUUGGUAUGACAGGUGACGGCUCUGUACAAUUUGAUCCAUGUUUCUUUCGGCCUUAUCCGGAAAGGGUGCUUCAAAGAUAUCCACUCGAUACGGUGUCGAUGGCUGCGGAUCAUCCUCCACAGACUCUUCAACGGCUCAAUAACCCCCGGGACUUCCAGACUCUGUUACGAGAAGUCCAGAAUGACCCUAAGGUCGAAAAUCCCCUGGAAUCCGCCGGAUCAAGAUGGGAUACAUUGACACUUUUAUAUGGGCCGGAUGCCUGGGAAGAUCAUGCCAGACAAACACGUUGGCAUAUUCAAUCCCAGCAGACGCUUCCUCGGAGAGGGCUUUCCCGGGACUCUACUCUCAGCAAUCUAAGAUCUAUCUACGAACGGAGGACGAAAUGGAAGCAUAGCGCUCCUGAACUAUGUGGACUUAAUAGAAGGAACUAUUGGCGCAUACUAAGUCUCCGAGAAAUUUUCCGGCCAAGCUUUAACCCACAUGCAAUUAUGGAACUUUUAUCCGAUGUUCCCGCAAAUCACGCAGAGAAUUGCCUUACUCUCCAAGAAGUAAGCGCUGUUCUAACCGUGAUGGUUGCUCGAACAUCCGAUCGGCCGUUCCGGGACCACCCGAUCCAUCCAGUCAGUGUCUUAUUGGUUCUUUCAUACACGGGACAGAAACAUGGAAGAAUAAUUCAAGCUUCAUUACAUGGAGAAAGCUUGCUUUUGCAAUAUUCUCAGCUAUGGAGUUUUGCAGAUGACGAAACGGCACCAGUUGAACUUUUCGUUCGUUAUGAUAUGAGUCAGCCAGUUCCGAUAGCCUUGGAAGAGCCGAAUCCUUUCUUGUCGGCCCUGUUACGUCUAUGA